AUGGAGGAGGAGGACCAAUAUGAUGGAUCUGAUCUAGAUGAUUCAGAACAUGAAGACAAAUCUGAUUACACUUCCAGUGAUUCCGAUAGCAACACAGAGACUACAAAUAAAACAAGGAAGAGGGGAUUGACUCGAUUGCCCAAGUUACGGACCGAACAUACAAAUUCCGGUGGAAGAAAAAAACGUGUAAAGUUUGAUGAAUUUGGAAGGUUUGUAGGGAAGUAUAGAUCACAACUACCAAGUUAUCUGGGAUACCUAGUACGGGAAAGGGUAGGAGUUAGUGUUUUCAACUGGAAGAAGGUAACAAAAGAAGUCAAUGAAAAAAUAUGGGAAGAGAUAAUGGUAAAUAAUAAAGUACUUGCCAAAGAUGAAAUACCACCCCGGUCAUUAAUGUGGUGUAAAGGAUGUGAAAACAAAGCAGGCGAAAUAGAAGAUGCUAAUGUAAAACUCAUGGCAGAAAAACUAGUGGAACAUGAAAAACAAAUUAAAGAUGGAGAUGUGAUGCUUGAUCCUGGGAUGGAUGCCAUAACCAAAGGCUCUUCAAAAGAACAAAUUGCGGACCUAAAGUUUGAACUACAGAAUGAGAGACUUCAGCUUCAGAAAAAAGAUGAAGAACUUAAAGCGUUGUCAACAAAGGUGAGAGAACAAGAUAAAACACUAAAGCUAGUUUUAGCUCAUCUUGAAUCACAAGGAACAAUGAUACCAAAUCUAACAUCUCAUCUGAAUCAGUCUCCAACACAAGUCCUUUCAGUGGACAAGAAUGUUGAAUCUCAUGGUACUCUUGUUACUAAUACUAUCAUAGAGAAAGCACCUAUCACAGAUAAAGCAUUGUCAAAUGAACCAGUUACACGAGUAAUGACAAAAACCGGCAAAAUAACUGUUGAAUCUAAGAGUGUGACUACAAAUUCACAUCCAAAAACAAAAGAUACUCAUUCACCAAAACUCCCACAGACAAUGAAGACGAUGAAGUGCAUUCUACAAUAUCCAGAUAACAGAAGCAACGUUGCUUAUGGUAUAAUUUACAUUUCUUCAGAAAGACAAGCCAUUCAUGGAGUUCCACUUCAAGACGACUGCUAUAAAGUAUCAAUUGAUGAAGUGAUAAAGGGAGCUGCAUUUUUACCAUAUCAAAACGGUGAUAUCAAAACAGUUGAGGGGCACAUAAAACUUUUGUUGCAUGGCCAAAAUACCUUGUCAAAUGUGACAAAAAAAUACCACGAAUGAGAUCAACUGAAGACGAUGAAUGUAAAAGCUCCAAGAAGCAAAAAAAAAAAAAAGUUUUAUAACGAGAGAGAGCAUUGGCAAGCAUACAAGGAGAACUUUCAACAAGACUAAACAAAUCUAGUUUU